UAGUCCGUUCUCUCUAACGGUUGCUUCGCAAAGAGAGAAGGAGAUGACAAAUGUUUAAUGCUCUGAAAUUAAGCAUGAACUGGAACGUACGACUAACUGUCAUGCACAGCCUGUCACAGAAAAUAAUUAUUAUCCCCCGUGAUAUUUUAGUUUUUUUAUUUGUGUAUCACGUAUUUCUAGAUAAUUGUUGCAGUUUUGGUGUUUAGAUUUUUAUAUUGUCGCCUUAACAAGUGUAACUAAUGGUGAUAGCCCGUAGAAGACCCUGUAUUAUAUUGGCGAAUAACAAUUAAAGGAACGUGUCACUAUUAUUUUACAAACAGUUGUUUUCAACCGAUACGUCGCUAUAGGAAUGUGAAUCGUGUCUAAUUUUAUUUAAUUAUUAGUAUAUUUUCACAUGGGUGAUGGCUUGGCAGUCGGACACUCUUACUGAUGAGAACAGCUUCCUACUUCGUUUAAGGAUUGUAGGAGCUUACUCAUUGGCUAAAAAGGAUAUAUUUGGUGCUAGUGACCCAUAUGUGCGGGUGGAGUUGCAGAAGGUCGAUGGUGAUGUCACCCUUGAUACGUUUCUCACUAAAACCAAGAAAAAGACUUUAAACCCCACAUGGAAUCAGGAGUUUGUCUUCAGGGUAAAACCGGCAGAGCACAAGCUGUUGAUCCAAGUGUUCGAUGAGAACCGGCUCACUAGGGAUGACUUCCUGGGCAUGGUGGAGGUACCCCUCUCCACCGUGCCCACGGAGACGGCUGCCUCCGCCCGCCCCAGCGUCGUUAAGUACCCGUUGCGUCCGCGCAGGUCUGUUGCCAGGUCCAGAGUUCGUGGCUACAUUGAGGUGUACCACGCACUAGUAGGUCGUGUGGGUGAGGCCGGAGCCGAGGAGCCAGCGCCCUCAGACGAUUGGGAGCUCGUGGAACCCUCGCCGCAGCAGGGCGUCGUACAACCGGCGAUUGGUGGCGAUCCGUUACCGCCAGGGUGGGAGGAGAGGCAGGACGCCAAUGGCAGAACGUAUUACGUCAACCACAUCGAGAGGUCCACGCAAUGGGAACGUCCUACGUUCACGCGCAAUAUGAGUACGGAGUCGCAAGCGGAACGUAUGGAGACGGCUGCGACGGAGUUCCAGCGUCGGUUCCAUAUCUCUGCGGACGAUGAACUCGCCGCCAGCCCCGCCAACACACAGAACCAUCAGGAGGAUAUAAGCAAUAGAAGUGGGGAGACUAACUCGACGGACCCCACGCCGUUUUCCACACCGAUCAGAUCGCCGGAACCCGUCGCACACGUUGCGGACAGCGCGGUGACGAACCAAACUAAUAGUAUAAGUGAUGAAACCGACUGUGAUAAUAAUUUAGGAAACAAAACGAUACAGGAGGACGACGAUGUUGUAUGCGCCAACGAAGUAGUUGGCGACGCUCAAACUGACACGAGUACUAGUCACGACGCAGUUAGCCGGGCUGCCGACACAGCGGAACUAACUGAGGACACCAACACUGAAGCUGCUAACAAUACCACUACUGACGGGGCAGGCGGUGACACGCCACCUUCUGACGCACCGCAGGGAGAGAGUCGAGACACGACUGACAAUACAGAGGUGGCACAAGGCAGUACCGACACGCCUGAAGAGAGAGAUACAGCUAACGAAGGAGAUGUGGCUAAUGAGAGGGACACAGCUAAUGAGACAGAGUCACAGAACGAAACACAGACAGAAGUGGUUGAAAAUGAGACUGAAACAGCAGCUACAGAAGCUGCGGAGACAGAGACAGCAGCACCUCAGACUGAGACAGCAGCACCUCAGACUGAGAUAGCAGUAGCUCAGGCAGAAGUAAUAGUAGAGGAAGACGCUCUGACGUUCGAUGAGAAUCACUUCAGUACUCCGACGGGCGGCGCGUCACCUGUGGCCACGCCGACCAAUCGCCGGCGGAGGACCACCACCAGCUCCAUGGAGGAUUCCGAGGACGAGACGGACGGCUCGACAGAGAGCACGAGGAGUAGCAGCGCCAGCAGUACGCAGAGUCAGAACCUGCCCAACAGUGACGGUCUUCCCCCUGGCUGGAGUAUGCAGAGAGCGCCAAACGGUAGAAUAUUUUUCAUUGACCACAAUCAGAAGACGACGACGUGGAUAGAUCCUAGAACUGGUUGUGCGUCCAGUUUACCGUCUGCGGCGGGCGCCGCGAGUAGCGCGGCCGUGGAGGCAGACGAACUGGGGGCACUGCCCGAGGGCUGGGAGGAGAGGGUGCAUACUGACGGGAGAAUCUUCUUUAUAGACCACAAUACCCGCACGACUCAGUGGGAGGACCCCCGCCUGUCCAACCCUCAGAUAGCAGGCCCGGCCGUCCCAUACUCGCGCGACUACAAGCGCAAGUACGAGUACCUCAAGAGUCAACUGCGCAAACCGAGCAACGUGCCAAACAAGUUUGAGAUAAAAGUUCGUCGUAACUCUAUCUUAGAAGAUUCAUACCGCAUCAUCAGCUCCGUCAGCCGACUCGACCUGCUCAAGACUAAGCUGUGGGUUGAGUUCGAAUCUGAAGUCGGUCUUGACUACGGUGGUCUAGCCCGCGAAUGGUUCUUCCUGUUAUCGAAAGAGAUGUUCAACCCUUACUACGGGUUGUUCGAGUACUCCGCCAUGGACAACUACACCCUGCAGAUCAACCCCAACAGUGGCGUCUGCAACGAGGAACAUCUCAGCUACUUCAAGUUUAUUGGCAGGGUCGCAGGCAUGGCUGUGUACCAUGGGAAGCUGUUGGAUGCGUUCUUCAUCCGUCCAUUCUACAAGAUGAUGCUAGGAAAGACGAUAGAGCUGCUGGACAUGGAGUCUGUAGACUUAGAGUACUAUAACUCACUCAUGUGGAUUAAGGAAAAUGACCCAUCAGAGCUGUACCUGACAUUCUCAGUAGACGAGGAGCAGUUCGGGAAGACUAUACAGCGGGACCUGAAGCCGGGCGGCGCCAAUAUACCGGUGGAUAAUGAUAACAAGGAUGAAUAUAUCAAACUGGUGAUCCAGUGGCGGUUCGUGUCGCGCGUGCAGGAGCAGAUGUUCUCGUUCCUGGAGGGGCUGGGCGCGCUGGUGCCGCUGCCGCUGCUGAAGAUCUUCGACGAGCACGAGCUGGAGCUGCUCCUGUGUGGCAUCCAGCACAUCGACGUGCGCGACUGGCGCGCCAACACGCUCUACAAGGGGGACUACCACGCCAACCAUCUCGUCGUGCAGUGGUUCUGGAGGGUGGUGCUGUCGUUCUCGAACGAGAUGCGGUCCCGGCUGCUGCAGUUCGUGACGGGUACGUCGCGCGUGCCCAUGAACGGGUUCAAGGAGCUGUACGGCAGUAACGGACCGCAACUCUUCACCAUCGAGAAGUGGGGCGCGCCGGAUAACUACCCGCGGGCACAUACGUGUUUCAACCGCAUAGAUCUCCCGCCUUAUGAAAGCUACCAGCAACUACGAGAGAAGUUAAUCAAGGCCAUCGAAGGCUCGCAGGGCUUCGCGGGCGUCGACUGAGUCCACAGUAGAACCCUACACACCGGCCUUACCUUACUAUACCACACUAGUACACUAGCUCAUCAAGGUAUACCAGCAUUAUAGUACAUUCUCGACCUUAUCCCAUAGGUAUAAUGGUUCAAAAUGUAUUAUAAGCAAUGGGGUGCCUUGACGUACCUGUAUCGACUUGUUCGUUAGUGUAUGAACAGGUUGAUACAUGUCAAUCGACAUAAUGUCGACCUGUUUAACAUGUUUUGUGUACUUUCACGGUUUAUUUUUAUUUUCUUACUCAUAUAAAGAGGUUAAUUCUCUUCCUAUUUACUUUCCUAUUGAGGUUACUAGAGAAGUAUUCAAACUUAUACCAGUCUGUCAUUUUGCUUCAUUCGUUUUCGACUUUAUAACUACACAAUAAAGAUAAAAAUCGAAUAAAAGAAUUUGACAGAAAAGUAUAGUUUGACUUGCUGGCCACUGUACUAUUUAGUUUUCAAAUUAUACUUUCUUUUUAAUAUCAAGAUAGAGAGUUAAGCUAGCGACUGGAUUGAAUAGAAAACUGCUCAAACAUGGAACUGGUACAUACCAUCACGCUUUAUUUACGAAACAAUACAGGCAGAAUUGUCCUUAAUCUAUAUUUUCAUAAUUCAUCCUUUGAGACAGUAGUUUUUAUUUCAAAUGUGGACGAUUAAACAGAAAGAAAUAAUAAACUUCUUGACUAUUAUCUUAAAGCAGAUUUAGUUUUUCGUAUAUCUUCUAAUUCAUUUCUGAAUCCCUCCAAAUCUUGUCUAUAAUUUCAUAUUCCGUUUUGCAAAAUUUUGUUAGUAAAUGGAAAAGGAAUUAUAACUAUUUCUACAAGUUUGAAUCUAAAUUAUUAUCCUUAAUACCUUCCAACUUAAACAUAAUACGUUCUCAAUAUAUUGUAAAUAUUUAAAACCUUGAAGCCUGUAGAAAUAGUUCAAAUUUCUUUGAAAAGUAUUUGAUUUAAUUUUUGAUACCCAGCUUUAUAAGUCUACUGAGACAAUUUAUAAGUUUCAGGAAUUGAAAACGAAAAUUGUAGACAAAAUCAAUCCAGCAGUUUCGGUCCUGUACUAUGAAACGCCACUAUACAAACAUGGUAGAAAACAGGAUUGUGCAAAUAGAAAUAAUAUUAAAAUUAAUACAUAAAUAAAUACGUGUGAUUAGUAUUCUAAAUGAGUGCCUAUCUUACAUAUAAAUUGGUGUCUUAAUAUUAUCAUUUACUUUCUAUCUUCUAUUCUUUACAACGACAAUAAUUUUGUAUGUGUAUAUGUCCUUCACAACGCUUUAAUAAAGGGGCGACACUUAGUGAUGUGAACGAAUAUUGCUUUUUUAUCUAUCUCUUAGUCUAUGCUAGAUGCAAAUAGUUUAGCGUAUCUAUGGCAAUAGAGUUGCACCGUGUGUGAAUAAUGCGUGCUGGUAGCGAUCUUAGAGCGAGUUUUCUUAACAAUUUAGCUGAAUUUUAUGAUAUAGUUAUAUGACUAAGUGUCACCCCUUCCCCCAUCUGACGUUAUAUCCAUAUGACUUUCCCCCUCUUCUACUUAUAAGACAAUACAAAACGGCGUAAGUAAGCAACGUUGCUGAUGUAAAUUAGACGUUAUUCUUAUAUCCACAGGGUCCAGCACCUGUAGGUACAAUUCGAAAUUAAGUCCUAUGUCUUUCAAAAGUAUUAUUUUGCUGUAACUUUAUUUUUUAUUCCGCGUCGGUUUUUGGAUCGUUGGUCCUUCGUCGCAGUUACUAUGUGUAACUAGAAGAGUUUAUCUUCGCAUAUUAUUGUACCGGGAGUCCUAUCCACCUUCGACAUUUAGCUUUACGACUAAGCCAUAAUAAAGUAAUGUUGAAAUAAAGCUCUAACUAUAAUAUACCAAGUGACUACAGGGCUAAUUGAAACACUAAAUAGGUUUACUAAAAAUUCGCAAUAAAAUUCUUAGUUUUAAUUAGCCAUGUGAUACCCCAAUUUACUUUAUGUGGAAAUUAUUAUUAUUAAUCUAAAAGGUGUUUUACAAUGUAUACUAUACAAUUAUAAUGUACAUGGUGUUUCGUUUUGUGCCUAUCAUAGAUGACAGCUGUCAAUGUCAAACUAAGACCAAGCGAGGUAGCCUUUUUGAUAAGUGAGUGACAAAGCCAAUGUGCAAUGUUUAUAAUUUAUUCCACGCAUUAUUUACGAUUUUAAAUUCUAAAUAACGUGAUAUAUCCGGGCAAGGUGAAGUUAUGAAAUGUUUCAAUUAUUAGUGAUCGGGUAAUGUAGGCCAUCUUGUCCGGACUUGUUUAGUGAUUAAAUAAUUAUUCAUUUUGCGUCCUAUACGUUAGAUAAUUGCUUUCGCUUUGAUAUAAUAUAAAAAGAUAUUUUCAUAUAUAGCACACUUGUACAUAAUUUAGUAUAAGGUGUAAAAAAUUGCUAAUUGAAAUAUGUAUAAAUAUAAAAUAAUUAGAUGACCGAGUGGUAUCCAUAAAAUGGACCGUUAAAAUUUAUAACUAUUAAAUGGAAUAAAGGUGUUAAAAUAUUUAUUGAUGGAGCAAUUGUUUACACCCUGUAUUUAUUUAGUUUUACUCAAGUUGCGUUUUCGUCUACGAUCGUUUACUUAAUUUAGAUAGUUUUUAUUAUCAAUAUAUUAUUUUGUACGUCUUUGUAAUUUUAGGCUGUAACUUAGUACCUAUUUUGUAUUCAGCAAAUCCUGCCUAAGAACUUUUGUAAACUAAAAUCAAAUGGAAUUAUAUUUGAACGCCAUUAAAGUACAUUUAGACAACUGCAGCAUUUUUUAUUAUAAGCCUAAAAUUAUAAAGAUAAUUAUUGGGAAAUAAUUUGUAUAAUUCCAUAUUAUAAACGUUUUUUGAUUAUAACAUGUUGACGAGACAUCGUGGUGUUUACCAAGUGGUACCGACAGAGAGUGAUAGGACGCGUCAUUUUAAAACUGAAUAUUUUCCUCCACGUUAACUUGGGAAAAUGUCCUGCUUAUAGAUCCGGCCUCGUAGCGUUUUCUAACAACUAAUGAUGUAAAAAUCUAGCAUUUAAAUAGAAUAAGGCAAUAAAUAUUAAGGUGAUAAACUUGCUCUACUAAUUUAACUCUUAGCCUCAUCGAAAUACGUGUUAGAAUGGCGCGUACUAGAUUCUUUAGUACUACGAAGAUCUUUACAGCAAAUGUUUGCGGAGCUAUGCGCAAGCGCUUAUGAUUAUUGACACAUUAGAACUGGAAACAGAAUUACCAUAGUUUUGACAGACUUGUGUCGAAAUGGCUUCCAUAGAUUAAUGAAGUUUCGAGAAUUGCAUUGUGACAUCUGCAUUUAAUUUCAUGUUGCUAGAAAAUAUAGAAAUCAUUACUUUAACCUUUAAUAGAUAGAAUAUUUAAGAAUUUAAAGACUUUUGAGUAUAGUUUCUAAUACAAAAGGACGGUACCACUUCCAGUUUUGAUGUGUCGGUACCAAAAUAGGGUUGUCAAGCAAUGAACAAGACGCGGUGUUGUCUAACGUAAUCAACGAUAUUUUUAUUUUACGUUUAAAAUAAGAUUAUUCAUGUAAAUAUUAAUACAUAUUUGAAAUUUGAGAAAA